AUGGGGCUCACCUCGGAAACAAACCGCAUCGUUCGCGAGUUCGAAUACAACGAUGCCGAACUCAACAAGGGCGUGCUGGAAUUCAUCAGUCAGAUGGAACUCGGACUGGAGAAGGAUGGCACCAGCAUGAGCCAGAUUCCCACCUACGUCACCGGCGUUCCCAAUGGCACCGAAAAGGGCCUGUACCUCGCUGUCGACCUCGGAGGCACCAAUUUCCGGGUCUGCUCGAUUCAAUUGAACGGUGACACCACCUUCAACCUCACCUACUCCAAGGUCGCGAUCCCCAAAGACCUCAUGACCGCCAAGACCGCCAAGGAGCUUUUCGGUUUCCUCGCAAAGCAGAUCGAGAUCUUCCUCCGAACACACCACAACGAGCACUUCGAGCACCGCACGAGGAGGCGUUUCACCUUCAGCAACCCGGAGGGCUUCAAGGACGAGGAGAUCUUCCGUCUGGGUUUUACCUUCAGCUUCCCCGUCCAGCAGAUUGGCAUCAACAAGGGCAUCCUGAUGCGAUGGACCAAGGGCUUCGACAUCCCCGAUGCCGUCGGCAAGGACGUCUGCGAGCUGCUUCAGAGCGAGAUCGACAAGCUCGGCCUGCCCGUCAAGGUGGCUGCUCUCGUCAACGAUACCGUGGGAACCCUCAUGGCGCGCUCCUAUACCUCGCCUGGCAAGCAGGGCACCAUCCUGGGCGCCAUCUUUGGCACCGGCACCAACGGCGCCUACAUCGAGAAGCUGUCCAACGUCAAGAAGGAGGUUCAGGGCCAAUUUGACAAGUCAACUGGAGAUAUGGUCAUAAAUACCGAGUGGGGCUCCUUUGACAACCAGCUCAACGUCCUGCCCGACACCACCUGGGACCACCAGCUGGACAAGGACAGCAUCAACCCCGGCAUCCAGAUGUUCGAGAAGCGUGUGUCUGGUAUGUUUCUCGGCGAGAUCCUGCGUCUCACGAUCCUGGACCUGCUGAAGCAGGAGGAUGUUCAGCUCUUCCAUGAUGUCAACUCGAGCUCGAAUGACUGGCGGUCGACUACAACGAUCGCCAAGGAGUCGGGCAUCUUCAGACAGUGGGGUGUCGACACGGCGAUCAUGUCGGUUGCUGCGGCAGACAACACACCGGACCUCGGGACCCUGCGCCAGGCGCUCGAGGACCAGCUGCUGGUGUACAGCCCAUCUCUGGAGGACGCACAGGCCUUCAAGGCUGUUGCCGAGUCCAUCGGACGACGUGCGGCACGCCUGUCGGCUGUCGCAGUCGCAGCCAUUGUGCUGAAGACGGGCAAGCUGACCGACCCCGCCUGGGAUGGCGAGCCGGUCGAUGUGGGUGUGGACGGUAGUCUCGUCGAGCACUACCCAUACUUCCGCGACAUGAUGGACGAAGCGUUCAAGUCCAUCGAGGGCAUCGGUGAGGAGGGUGCCAAGAGGAUCCGCAUUGGUAUAGCGAAGGAUGGAUCUGGCGUCGGUGCAGCGCUGAUUGCGCUCGUCGCAACAGCCAUGGAGAAGCACCAACCGACGCCGGAGGUGAUGAAUCAGGUAAGACCCAUCUUGCGUAGCGGAGCUGCUGCCGGUUUGAUUCCUGAGCUCGCGGAGACUGUCCCCGUCGACUCCCAGGCCGUCGUGUGCUAA